CGAGGGCCGGUGGGGAGCAGACUGCCGCCGCCCCGGGCGGUGUGCAACCCUCGGGGCACGCAGGUCGGGGCCUCCGGCAGGUUCGUCACUCGCCUUUGUGAAGCGCUUCGCACACGGGCUGUCGUUUUCCGUUCAAAGCCUAGAAAUUGGCCACGGCGAGCCAGUUAGGACUUGAACCGACUUGUGGACGCAGUGCUCUGCUUACGACGUUGCUGCUAAUCACUGUUGUCCGGGUGGGAGGAGCGGAGUGUUUGUAUCUGUGAUGGAAACCGAGAUUUUUCUAAAAGCUGACUUUAUCGGCUGUUGAGAACACAGCUCGGACUGGACUGAGGGAGGAGGAGCGAGUUUGCGGUAUUCCAGCUGAGCCAUGUCCACUCCGAAGGAGCACUGGUGGCGGAGUACCUUACUCCAGUGAGUGCCCGGCUUGCCCUUCUGCCAUGUCAUUGGUGUCACUUGUCUCGCUUAUUCAUAAACUACAAUCACUGAACACUAAUGCCUUUUUUUUUUGUACUGGGCAUCAAACCCAGGACCUUAUACUUGCAAGGCAGGCAGCAGCACCACUGAGCUAAAUUCCUGGCCCUACUACUGCUAUUAAUAUUUUCAGCAAGCUUUUGUUUGUUAACUGUUAAGAAUCCAAGAUAAGAAAAGAUUUUAUUUUAUUUCAUUUACUCCCUCUCUGACACAGUCUCUUUCUGUAGAUUUCAGUUUCUGACCUGUACUGUAAUUUCCCCAUGAAGAACUGCUUUCAGCUUUUUGUAGAUCAGGUCUGCUGACGUCAGAGUCCCUCAGCUUUAUUUGUUCAACAGCGUCUAAGCGUAAUGUUGUUGGAUACAGAGGUCUAGGGUGAAGGUGUCUUUCUUGUCUUUCUUCCAGCACAACCUGUGUUUUUACCUUUCUGUGAGCCAUGCUGCUUUUUCUUGCAGCGCAGCUGAAGUUCCUAGUAAGAGGCCCUGAGCUAGACAGGCCUUUGGUGGGCAGCUUCGGUGGGUCUUGCUAGGUAUUGUGCCAUGUGUCGUACAGUACAGUACUGUCUGCUGUAGCUGUAGGUGUCGCUUCUGAAAUUUCCUUGGUGUGCUUGUUUUUGCCUUCCCUAUUGUCUUUUGGUUUCAGACUUUUCUUUUUUUUCUGCCCCUUGUGCUGGUGAUUGAACCAGGCCUCACUCUGUCACUGAGCUAACCCAUCCCCUAUCACCAGGCCACUGUCCCUCUGGGAUGACCCUGGCUGCUCUGGACCUGGAGGAGGGACCUGGCAGUAGGGGAGGUGUCUGCUGUGGCCUGGCUGGCCACCCUUCACCGCUGCUCAGCCUUCCUUCCCCUCCCCUGGUUGCCUUUGGCUGAGGCUCAAAGGCUGGAGGGUGCUGAGUACCCUUCCCAGGAUGGGUAGGUCUGGGUGAAAGGGCAGCAGCCCUCCCCUACUCCCUGCCAGGAGACUGGGGACAGUGUCUGUCCCCUGGGCAGGUCUGAGCUCCCCAGGGACAAGCACCAUCUGGUUCCCUCCCAGUGGCUCCCACAGCUCUGGGCGAGAGCAGGCAUCAGGGCGCACGUGGGAGCCUGGUGCCCGUGCAUGGGGGCUGGGCAAGACGGGCAGUGCCGGGGAUUCCAGGGUGGCUGUGACUUGGGGACGCCCUCAUUCCUCCUCUGUCCCCGGAGUCUGCAGUCUUGGGUGCGAGCACGAUGGAGGGGGACCUGUCUGGCUUUAACAUCGAUGACCCCCGCUGGGACCAGCGCACGUUCCUGGGGCGUGUGAAAUAUUUCCUGAGCAUCACAGACCCACGCACCAUCUUGCUGCCAGAAUGGAAGCUGGACUGGGCCAAGGCGAUGGUGGAGCAGAGCAGGAUGGGGGCCGUGCCCCCAGGCACCCAAGUGGAGCAACUGCUGUAUGCUAAGAAGCUGUAUGACUCGGCCUUCCACCCCGACACUGGGGAGAAGAUGAAUGUGAUCGGGCGGAUGUCCUUCCAGGUCCCCGGCGGCAUGAUCAUCACAGGCUUCAUGCUGCAUUUCUACAGGACUGUGCCAGCGGUGAUCUUCUGGCAGUGGGUGAACCAGUCCUUCAACGCCUUGGUCAACUACACCAACAGGAAUGCGGCGUCCCCCAUGUCGGUCAGGCAGAUGACCUUCUCCUACCUCACAGCCACAACCACUGCAGUGGCCACUGCUGUGGGCAUGAACGUAUGGACAAAGAGAGCUCCUCCCUUGGUGUGCCGCUGGGUACCCUUCGCUGCCGUGGCUUCUGCGAACUGUGUCAAUAUCCCGAUGAUGCGACAGCAGGAACUCAUCCAGGGCAUCUCUGUGAAGGACAAGAACCAGAAUGAGGUUGGCCAUUCCCAGAGAGCUGCGGCUGUAGGCAUCACCCAAGUGGUUAUUUCCAGGAUCACCAUGGCGGCUCCUGGCAUGAUCUUGCUGCCGGUCAUCAUGGAAAGGCUGGAGAAACUGCGCUUCAUGAAGAAAGCCAAGGUGCUGCACGCGCCACUGCAGGUCGCGCUGUCUGGAUGCUUGUGAGUAAGGGGCUCUGCUGGCCUGGGGCGGUGGGCUGGGUGCUCCCUGUGGCUCUGGACACCUGUGAUCAUCCGGAUUGUUCCUCCUCGUCCUCCUAGGUGCCAGAGACGCACUCUUCAUGCAUACACACAUGUGCAGGCUCGGGUGUGCACCCUUCCAUCCUCCCCGCCCAGGCCUCAAGCCCUCGCUCGCUCUUAUAGGAGAGAAGAGAGGCGAGGCCUAGCUAGCCCUGGCGCAGGCAGACACAGCCGUGUCAGCACCCUCAGGAGGCCGCCGUGGCACAGCCACCUCCGAGCGGCUCCUCCCACACCUUGGUCACAUUAUCUUCCUCCCUGUCUGGGACCUGGGUGUGCGGUGGAAGAAAGGAUAGAGGGGAAGACUGGGGCUGCCGCUGGGAGGCAGGCUAGGUGUGGGUAGCCCCGCUUCCUGCUGGGAUCUGGGACAGGGACCUCGUUAAUAGCUCUGUCUUCCUUC